GCGCGAGAGCUUCUGCUCGAGACACUUCCUGAGCUUCGAGCUCAAGGCCGAUGUGUCCGUGUAAACAUUGACGCUUUAUUUAGGGGAGAGUGAGCUGUCGUUCACUGGAUCCACCCCAGCCAAAGGACAACAGUGAACUACUGAUAGAUUUAUGCAGGGCACCUGUUGCACCUGUUCAUUAUGACUACUCGUGGUAAAAGUGAAGGAUGCCGCAUCUGUGGGAGUGACCUGCAAGGCAACCAGCGGCGAUGGCUGUAUGCAGGCCAGAACAGAAAGGGGGCACAACCUCAGACGCCGACAGACUUUUCUAGCAAGGGAAGCAUGCCCAGAUCGGCACAGAGCAGCCCAUGGGGCAGCACUUUAUCACUCAGCUCUUCCCGUUCGCUCUCAAAGUCUCGUGGCCUGCUCACCCCCACGAAAGGAAUCGACCUGCUCUGUGUGCUGACACAUAUAUUAGAGCAGCCUGUACCACGUGGGAGCGGUCAGGGGGAAUUUGUGUGCGGCAAGUGUGUGUCCGUUCUGGAACGGGUUUUCAAGUUUGACACCGUCAUCGCCCGAGUCCGAGUGCUGUCAAGCGAGAGACUCCAGAAACUCUCUCAGGAACGGGACAAGAUCAGGCGAUGGGUGCGAGGCAUGUAUGAUCAGCGGCACGCAUCUACCUUCAGGAGAAACGGCAGUUCCAGUGAAGAUGAUGAAGGGGACCGGAAGGACUCCGCAGGGGAAGGAUACAGGGAAAUGCUGAGGGACAACAUGGCCCUCUCUGAGUAUGAAUGGUGGUCUGAGAAAGCAGAGUCGUGUCCAUAUUAUAAGAGUACAGGGAAAAGGUGUCAGCAAGGCAAGAUGUGUGAGUGUUGUGACUCCUUGAGGGUGUCCGACUCGGACUAUGAGUCUGUUUGUGGGAUUCCACGUCACUUGCCCGAUCAAGCCUUCACAUCGUUGGGCCUCUCUCGAGAAAAAUCCUGCAGCAUGCCUCUUCAUUGGUCAAAAGUGCCAUCCGUCAGAUCUAGCCCCGCCUCGUUGUCCGGUUCCUGUCAUUCUUUGCGGUCUCAAUCCCGCACUGCCUCCGUUCAGUCGCUUGACUCUUUAGACGGCAACGAUCCGUUUGAUUGGCCAGAAGAGCAAUCGGCCAUUAUGGACACCGUUUUCAAAGAGUUGAGGAGAAUUGAAGGGAAGCCGGUGAGGUCACCUGCCGGAAGUCGCAUUCCUGUGCUGCACAGAGGGGACAUGCAAAAUGGGAAUGACGAGGUCGGACUGAAAGCGGGGUUAGUGAAGUUCCUGCAUUUUAGAGAGGGCGACAAUGGGACAGAGGAUGAGUUUGAAGAAGAGUGCGACGACAUCCUGACCGAGCUAAAAGACGACUUCAUGCCAUUGCAUAGAGAGGCAUCCGCGGGUAGGGUGCAUCAUGCUGUGAAGCAGUUGCGUGAACAACUUGUUCAAGCUCAGGCUCGCAUCAGAACUCUGGAGGCACAGCUCAGGGACACCAGCAAACCAACAACUGAUGCUCCUGCCAAGCAGCUGAAAUCUUCACAAGUGACAAGUCUGAAGAAUAAAAAUGACCUCAUAGAAAGUCUUAGCCAAUCGUUGCAAAGCAGAGAGAAUGUAAUCCAGGACUGUGUGACUUUGAUCCAGAAGCUGUGUGCUGAGCAGGGGCUAGAAUCACAGGACACUGACAAACUGAUUAAAAAACUGGCCAGCACAGUGACUGAUACACGCAGUGAACGUGAGGUGGUCCUGGAGGCCCAGCUGUCUGAGGCGAGCGAGAGAGAGAAAGCCCUGGAGAAACAGCUGCAGGCUACGAGAGACGCUGGCAGAGAGCGAGACGGAGACUUCAUCACGCUCAACACUGUGCUUCAGUGUAACCAGGAUGUUAUUAACCACCUCCGGGUAGAGCUUGCGGAGAGAGAUCAAGCUCAACAGGAGAUGAUGAAAGAAUGGGAAGUGUGGAAAGAGAGAGAUUCAGCCCUGACUGCACUGGUGAAGGAAAACAAAGACUAUAUUUCCCAGCUAAAGGAGGCGCUGGAGAGUUCUUGCCGAGAUGUGAAGGCACUCUCAGACUCGCUGAUUGGACGGGGAUUGGAAGGGGGCGGAGCUGAGGCCGGAUUAGUCAAUCAGCUGCGAGAGAAAGAAGCUCUGCUGGCGGCGAGCUUCAGAGAUAGAGAGGAGCUCAGUGCCAGCAUGCUGCAGGAGAUCUCAAAGCUCUCCUCGGCCUUAACUGAUGCCGAAAGCAUCAUACUGGACCAAAGAGAAAAACACAAACAAGCCAUCACCGCACUAUCAGAGCAACUCAAGAACACGCUCAAGGAGCUGAGAGAGAAAACCAAGGAGAAAAAGGAGGCUGAACUAGGCUGGAAGAAGGAAAAUAAGGACAGAGCUUUUGAGGAAGGAAAACUAAGAGACAAUCUUCAGAAGAGGGAUAAACUCAUAGAGCAAGUUCUUCUGGAGUUAGAGGAGCGGGACGGCGUGUUGACGGAGCUACAGCAGAACAUCUCUAGCAGACUGGGACCCAGAACAGCUCUCAAACACACACUGUGAGCGUGUGUGACUUAAACGCACAAUGUGAGUUAAACGGCGUUGUGUAUACACUGAAUUUCAUAACUGCUCAAUAUAUUGUUAAUGACACUACUUCCAUUAAGUGCAAUCUUAAAAUUUCUCAAAAAUGAAAAUCUAAAGCAAUGGUUCAUAAAGUUUUUGUUUUUUUUUUCUGUUAAUUUCUUAUAGUAAUUCUCCAGCUGUAAAACUGAAAGGGAUUCAAGACAGGCCGAUGUAUGCAGGUUGCGAAUGGUGCCAUUUGCAUGUUCUGUCAGAUUUUAGUUUAUAUGAAUUUAUGACAGAGCCAUUACAGGUCGCUUUAGCAAUUUAGAUACACAGCUGUAAAAUGUUCAGAUUACUUCCAGAUUGUUGUUUUAAGAUUUAACAAAGCUACACACACGUGCCUUUUCAGCACAUACUUUGCUUAUUAAUUAUUAUUUUUCUGUAUUCCCAGAAUCCCUACUGCCAUUCUUAUUAUUAAUUGUCUAAAUUGUUUUAUUAAUUGUAAAUGAAUAUGUUGUACUGCUUUUCUUGUCAAUGUUUGAUUUGUCUUUUCCCAAUGUGAUCUUACAUUUUGUUCUGUGUUUAUGAAUGUUUUCCCAUGUUGAUUUGUAUUGGAGAUGCCUUAUAGUCCCAGCUGGGAUGUGCUAUUUUUGUUCGUGUCGAGAGAAGUUUUGCACAACAGAAGGAUUUACAAACUCUUUGCAAAGCACAUCUUUUUAAUCUGUUUAUUUUAUUUGGGUAGGCUGGAAUCCCCACAACUUGGUGCAUACCUCAUAAAUCACAUUCAAAAUUAAGCCUCAAGUUUGUGUGGGUUUUCUCAAGGUUUUGUUGGAGGUUUUCAUUUACGUCGGAAAUAUUAAAGGUUCUUUGAGAACUUGGGGGUAUAAUUGACAAUAAAGCCUCAAAAAAUC